GAGGAGAGCAUACAGCACGCCCCUCUUUACACCGCGGCCCGCAUGACGAAGUACUGGUACUGCGGCAGCGACCCGCCGAAAUUCGUGCGGGACCACGUCAUCUCAGUCUACGCGCCGCUCAAGCCGACCAUGUGCUACUCCACCUCAGACUCGCCGUCGGGCGACGAGGACGCCCGCUUCUGGCAGUCCGAGGAGGAGUGCAGCUGCAUGCCUUCUCCGGCCGCGCCUCCGCCUUCGCCGCGCCUGCCGACAAAGAUCUACUUCUGCGGGCAGCCAGGCGCGCGCCCACGCCGCACACUGCGGCGCAUACUGCGCCGCCCUUGCGCACCGCACCCUCUGCGCGCGAGCCACGCAAGGCCACAGACAAAGGGCCGGCCCCCGCUCGCGAGCGCGUUGCCGACCGGGGCCAGAGAGUGGGUCCUCAGCUCUGACCACGCUUGCCCCGAACGCGAGGCCGCGCGCCACACAUCCACGCCAGCCCUGUCCGCGCGCCGCCGCAUAGCAACGCCCCGCGCCCGCUCAGGCGUCUGGCCAAAGUUUGACCGCGCGCUGAAGGCCAACAAAUGCUACUUUUCGACGAAGCUGCAGAAGCAGGAGGUGAUGGACGCAGGCGUCAACGUCUAUCCCGACGAGCAGUCGUGCCAGUGCCAUCCGCUGCCCUCGCCGCCGCCGCCGCCGCCGCCGCCGUCGCCGCCGCCGCCUUCCUCACCGCCGAUGCCGCCGCCGCCGCCGCCGCCGCCGCCGCCGCCACCCGGACCGCCGCCUCUGCCGCAGUCGCCGCUGGCGGCCUCACCGCCGCCCGCCGCGCGCGACCAACCGCCGUCCGCCGCCUCUGUCGAGAGCAGCACCGCCUCGGCUCCCGUCGCCGCUGCGCUUGCUGCCGCCACGCCCGCCGCGACCGCGCCCGCCUCGCUGGUCGCGCCCUGGGCGGCGGCCCGCGCCUCGAGCCCGUUUUCUGUCGUGGCUGCCGGCGGCGUCGCCGGCGCCCUCCUCCUCCUGGCUGUGGCGGUGCUCCGCAGCGUGCGCCGCCGGAAGGCACGCACCGCCCUCUUGGUAUGACGGCCGCGGAGAGGGCGGCCGCCGGCGCCACACCGCGCUACAGCUGCGGGUGGAGCGCCGCGUCUUGGUCUCUAGCUGCGGUGGAGCGCCGCGUUUCGCUCCGCGAGUGCAUGCAGGGCCGCCACCGCGUGCGGAGGUGCGGCUCAGCGAGAGAGUAGAUGAGAGCUGCGAGAUAGUGUGACCUGGGUCCUGGCGCCCCGAUAGUACCGGUGGUGGAUGUGGCAGUACGGGCCAAUAACGGUUGUUGUUGUCUACGUUUCUCGUAAGGUGUGCGAAAAG